AAAACACGCGUCCCCAUAAAUAAUCACCAUAACGUUUGGCACGACGUCGUUAUCAACAAUCCUUUAUUCCUUCAUCCAGGCCAAAAACCUAAGCUCCUCCCUAUCUUCUUACUCUCCGUUUUCCUCAACCAGCUGUUCGAUAAAACUCUUAAAAGAAACAAACCCAUGGGAAAGAGAGGAGGAGGGGGAGUCAGCAAAAAGCCACCACUGAACACGCUAACAGCUUCUAACAAGUCUUUCGCACUGAGUGCAAAAGGCGGAAAUCACAAUCCCAGGUCAUUAUUGAAACUUGAACACUUGCAGAAUCUUGCAUCAUGGGCUACUGAAGAAGCUUCAAUCCCUUCUCUUGCUGCCUUUUUUGGGCGUCAGUUUGCGUCUUCUGCAGAGACUUUGGGUGUCCCACUUGACCCUUCUGCUCUGUUUCAGUGUCAGAGGUGCGAGACAUUUCUUCGACCUGGCUUUAACUGCACAACACAAAUUGAAAAGAAUCAACGAAAGGCAAGGCGUCGACACAAGAGAUUUAGUACUUUGACGAAGAAUAAUGUCGUCUACAAAUGCCACCACUGUUUACAUCUUAAUCUAAAGAGAGGAACUCCUAAAGGCCACAUGAAAGAAAUAUGUCCGCCCAAGCCAAAGCCACAUGCUAAACCAACCAAGUCCGUGCUUCAGAAGUCUGCCAACUUGGAGAAAGGCACAAGUAGCAAAGGUGAGAUAGUUAAGAUCGACGGGCCAGCUCUGCCUGCAAUAUCUCUGGAUACUUCCAUCACGAACAAUCCAGCAAAUCCAUUUCCGAGGAUUAAGACAGAUGAGAUAUACAAGAUAGCCGAGACAGCUUUGCCUGCAAUAUCUGUGGAUACUUCCAUCACAGACAGUCCAACAACUCCAUUUCCAAGAGUUAAGACAGACGAGAUAAUUAAGAUUGAUGAGACAGCUUUGCCUGCAAUAUCCAUGAGCGCUUCAAUCACAAGCAGUCCAGCUACUCCACUCCCAAGCGGCAGAUUUUCUCUGCUGGAUGCCACGAAGAAAAAGAGAAAUAGAUCAGCUAAAAAACCAGAGCAAUCUGAAGGCGAUUCUGCUGCAAUGGAUGCUGAAAACACUGUCAGCACAUCAAGUAAAAGAAAGAGAAAAUCUUGGACAAGCCUGAAGGAAAUUGUGGAGAAAAGAGCACAAUAGGAUUCGAAAAAUUAAAACCCUGACAAAGCCAAUGUUUUGUGUAAAAUAGAAAAAUCUUCUUAACAAUGAAGACUGCUGGUAAGAUCAUGGCCAAUUGUUUUUUUACUGCAACAUAAACAAUCUUGAGGGAAGAAAAGGUUCCAGCAAAACAAAGUUUUGGAUUUACUUUUGUAUGUUCGUUAGCAACAUAGAAGUUUGGGCUUUAAUGCUUUUCAAUUUUUCACCAAGGUACUCUGUGUAGAUGGUUACUAGAUUGUUGUUCUGCCGGGUGGAUUAUUUUUUUAAAAAAAUAAAAAAAACUAUUCAGAUAUUGUUAGUGUUUUUUCUAGUAAAAAGAAUAAAUAAACCUUUGAGGUGAGAUUAAAGAUUGAUUUAGUGAAGCAACCAUACUGUAAAUGGCUGGGGUAUGUAAAAUAGACUCCAUUCUGGAAGAGAACAAAUAAACCUUACUAUCUCAGAACCAACAACACUAUCUAAUAUAUUCCGCCUUAAUUAGAGGAUGAAAAUGAAAACUAUCUUACCAAAACAUGGCUUUUGACAAGAUUAUAGCCAGAAGAAAGUCGUCAGCAAUGCUUCCAUUCUCAGUUCAGUUGUCCUACUCUUUUCUUUUUCUCUGUCCCUUCGCAAAAAUGCACCUUCAAUUUCCUUCAGCAACUGCAUCAUCAGGUUGCUGCAGAUACUGCACAAAUACUGACCACCAAUGCAAUAAAAUCUCCCUCAACGAGGAUAAUAUUUUACAUUGUUUUUUAUUUUUAUUUUUAUUUUUUUAAAAAAAUAUAUUAAAAGGAUAUAUUUUACAUUUCAUGACUCCGUGCUCUAGUAAUGGAAACAGUUGUCAAAUCCCUACAUUCAUGUCAUUUCUGUAAUUUACUCAUCCUCCUAGGCCCCAAGUGGUCAAAUCCUCUUGAAAUGGAAACAGUGGCGCAACACCAGGCGGCAGCCAAAUUUCGGAGGGAAUCAGAGAAUGAGACUCCGAAAAUUCGCGCAGAUCUCAACGAGCGAAGAGGAAGAGGAAGAGGAAGAAGAAAUGUCAAAUGAACAUGAAGAGGGUGAGAUACUUCCCCCAGAAGAGGAUGAGGAUGAGGAGGCGUCGCUGGAGGAUCCCAAACCGGUUGGGAAACGAGUUAGGUUUUCAGGAGAAGGAAGCGAGAAGAAAAGUCACUACAAGGUUUUCGAGUUUUCCGGAAACCGUUACACUAUUGAAGAUCCUGUGCUUCUAGCUCCUGAAACUAAAGAGCAAAAGCCUGACAUUGUAAUUAUCAAGGACAUUACUCAGACCAUUGAUGGUAUGGUGAUGGUCACUGGACAACUGUUUUAUCACCCCGAAGAUGCUAAGAAAAAGGGUGGUGGAAACUGGCAGAUACGUGAUACCAGGGAGCUGUUCUACAGUACCCAUCAUGUUGAGGUUCCAGCAAAAUGUGUAAUGCACAAGUGUGUGGUGCAUUUUAUCCCCGCCAACAAGCAGCUUCCAGAUUGCAGAAAACAUCCUGGGUUUAUCGUCCGGCAAAUUUAUGAUGCUGUAGAGCAGAAGCUCUGGAAAAUAACUGACAAGGAACAUAACUAGCAUUUCUGUUCUUCCCAAUGUUCUGUGAAAGAAAAAUAGAUUAGGAUGCAAGUAAUCAGAGGAAUCCAAAAGGCAUAUUGCUGCAAUAGGUGCUAAAAUAACUUAGGACAUCAAGUAAAAGAAAGAAUGAAAUGAUUGACGGCAAUGAACAUAAUUGAUUUGACUAAUCCAGAGUUAUGCAAGUAGGACAGGCAUUCUUGUGUUUAAUACAGGGGGCAAGAAUCACAAGGGGUUACUCUAGUCAUCGGAUUGCAACGUACUAAUUUUCAGUAGAGAAUGGGAGAUUUUAUGAAAUUCUAGGCUAUUGUUCGUUCUGCAUUA